AUGUCUCCUCCUGAGAUUGCCACCAUUGCUGAGAAGGAGUCCGGCGCUGCCUUCGAGGUGCAGAUCAAGAGCCCCGGUUCCGACAAGUUGAAGACUGCCGCACGUCUCCGCUUGGAAUCUUAUGAGAAGAGGCCAACCACCCAACUGCCGACGCUUCUCGGUGCCCGCAACCCUGUUCCUCUGCUCAAAGAGCAGCGCGCCGACAAGGCUCGCCAAGCCAACGAGCAAAAGAAGGAAGCGGCUCAGCGCGUCCGUGAUGAGUUCAAGACAUCGGCUGAAGCAAGGCAGAAGACUCUUGAGCAGCAGCUGGAAAAAGCCGGAGAGAACCGUGAAGGUGCCCUUGCGAGCAUCAAGAAGAAAGCGGCGCAGCACAUCGAGAAGGUGAUCGAGGUCAAGGACACGUCAAAGCAGAAAGGCGAGAUGACUGCGGAGGAGGCCCGCGAGCGCUUACAGCAGGCUCUGCUGAAGAAGUCUGACCUCCGCGGUGAGAAGAUGAAGGAGAUUUCGGCCAAGGCUAUCAAGCACAAUGAGGCUGUGGCAGACAAGGUGCUGCAGCACAAGGAGGCCAAGGAAGGAGCAUUGGAGGAGCUGCGCAAGAAGACACCCGAUGAGCGCCUGAUGGACAUGAGUCUGCGUCUCUACGAGUUGGACACCCGGAACUUUGGAAGGGUUAGCUACACGGAGCUGCACAUUCCACCAAGGAGUGCUUCGGAUAUUUCCUUGAAAGUCGCGCGAAUCCGGUUCAUUUGCCUUGUGCCUGCCAGUCCGGCGGGGAUCCUCUUUAUCGAUGCUUGGGCAUCCGUCUUCGUCUUCCCCCAAAGCAUUGAGCUGCAGCGCGAGAAAAGCCAGGCGACGCGGCUUCGAUGCCCGUCCCGCAAAGCCGGCGCACUUGGAGUACAUGACGUGACUUUCACGUGUUGGCUCGGUGCAGAUUUGAGAUACUCCUACGCGGAGGUAGUGAGCCAAGUGCAUGUCUGGACCUCGAAAGUGGAGGCUGAUGUUCUGAGCCUGAACAAGCGGAAGGAGGAGCUGGAGCGCCAAAACGAGGCCCUUGCACAGCGCCCGGAGCUGGAAAAGCGCGUGAAAGAGUUGCAGGCCGAAGUCCAGCAGCUGCGCCAGAGAACGCAGGAGUUGGAGAAAGAGAAGGAGGCCAUGGCCUCGGAGCGCCAGCGCCUGGAAGAGCAACUCACCGAGAGCCAAGCAAAUUGCUCUCGACUGGAGGAAGAGUGCAGACAGCAUGCGGCGGAGAGAGAAAGAAGGGCGGAGUUGGAGAACCAGCAGGCAGAUGUUGCCCGCUCCUUCGCAGAGCUGCAGGCUGUCGUGGCUCAGCUCUUGCCAUGGCUUGGGGAGCUCGACACGCAGCGCAGUCGCCUCUUGGAGGAGAAGGGGCACGCAGAGGCCAUGGCGACCUCCCUUCGCUCUGAGCUGCAGAGGUGGCGCAUGUUGUGGGGCUCUGUGCCGAGCACGGCCGUGAGCGACGCAGCUUCACGGCCGUCCUCUGCUGGGCGCACGGCCGCGGUCGCCCGUGCUGGUCGGCGGGGUUCAGGCAACCAGCGCAGGGCAGCAUCCGCUGCCGGUGAGAAGCGCGGCGAUACCUGGAAUCGACGACCGAGCCCUUGUCGGUUAAGGCUCUCUCCCGAGCGCCCCGACUGGGCCGUGACGUGGCCUCCGAACAAGGAAGGUGCUGCAACACCAGGUGCGAGUGAGGUGCUUGCAGCCCUCAGUGCCGAGCUGGCGACAGCAGCUAAGGCCGCACCUCCUGCCGUGGGCAGCGCUGCCGCCUCUGUGCAGAAGCAGUUCGCGCUCCAGCUGCAGGAGCUCCUCGCACCGGCAGCCAAGGGCACAGGUGCCAUGCCCAAGGCCGCAGCAAAGGCGCCAGUGUCCGAGCCGGUGGCAGCGAACACUGCAGGGCAGCCGUCUUCACCAACAGGCGGCGCAGAGUCAGCUCCAGCGCGUGCAGCUUCGUAA